AUGGCGCCAUCGCCUCUUAUUACUCUGCUCGUCCUCCUCGGUGUGGCCUUCGUCGCCCACGCCAGCGACCCGGACAUCCUCACGGACUUCGUCGUGCCCCCGGGCGCCAACGCGUCCGUGCUCGACGGCGCCUUCUUCACCUACACCGGCCUCAUCGCCGACAACUCCGCCAACCCGGCCAAGUUCACAGUGUCCAAGGCCACCGCGGCCGAGUUCCCCGCGCUGCUGGGCCAGUCCGUCUCCUACGCGGCGCUCGUCUUCGGCCCCGGCACCGUCAACCCGCCGCACGUCCACCCCAGGGCCUCGGAGCUGCUCUACGUGGUGCAGGGCCCGCUGAUGGUGGGCCUCGUCGACGAGACCAAAAACGAGCUGUACGCGCAGACGCUGCAGACGGGCGACAUGUUUGUGUUCCCCAAGGGCAUGGUGCACUUCCAGUUCAACGGCGGCGAGCACAUGGCGCGCGCCUUCUCGGCCUUCGGAAGCGCCAGCCCCGGCACCGUCUCGCUGCCCGUGACGCUCUUCGAGUCUGGCAUCCCGGACGCCAUCCUCGAGAAGUCGCUCCACGUCGACGAGGCCACCGUGCACGCGCUCGAGCAUGACCUUGCGCCGCCCGCUCCCGCUCCCGCUCCGGAUUCCCCUCCGGCGCCCAAGAACGGUGCCGCGUCGCUGGUGCCGGCAUGCUUCUCGCUCCUGGUUGGCUUCGCAGCCGCAUUGUUGCUUUGAUUUGGGAUCUUGUGAGAGCUGUGGUUUCAUCUUAUUGUCCGUUAUUCACGACCUUAUAUUUCAAAAGUACUUCCGGUCAUUUAAAUUUUGUGAUGAUUUUUAAAUAAUUGUGCAUCCGAGUAGUUUUUUUAGAUGAAUUUUGAAGUUGACAUUUCGAUGCAUAAUUUUUGGUCGGUUGGGUCUAUAAUUUGGGUCAACUGAUGUUUGGAUUUAAGAUGAUUCUUCAACAUUUCAAUAAUUCUCUAGUGAAUGAAUCAUAUAAAUGUCGGAAUAUAAGUGCAUUGUCCACCUUAUUGUAUCAUUUCUUGUGUUGUACAGAGAUGGUUGAUGCCGAUGGGUGUUGUAUUUCAUCAUCUAUUGUUUUGAACGAUUCAUUUUUUUCUUUUUUCCUCUGCCUAGUUAUAGUUUCAGUCUUGUAUGACUGGUUUUUGCAAAUGUAAUCUUUCUUGUGUAUGUGUUGAUGUUGGUUAUUUGCAUUCUAAUCAUGUAGAGACUGGUUGUGUGAUCAUUGUGUUUGUAUCCCCUUGAUGCUAAAUUAUACUUCAAUUAAAAGCACCAUUUAUAUAUAAAAAGUUCAUCAUAAACACGUAUAUGUAAAUCUUUGACAAUAUAAACCUUAUAUCUAGUCGUACAACAUAAACCUUUGACAAGAUAUUCGUUUGGUGAUGCACUUUAGAGCUCUGCACCAAAUAAAAGAAAUUGGCACAAAUAUAUAAACUUCAUAAUUUUUUUUAUGAGAAACACAAUACAUACACAGAUGCUGACAAACACACACACUCACCCUAUCCUAUGAGCACCUUUGAAAGACUGAGCCAGCGGAUCUUGAGAUAAAGAAAGUCGUCAUAGACACCUCCUAGUUGACAGCCAUGCUAUACCAUUGAAAGAAUAGUGUGGGGAAAGCUAGAAUAAAUCCAGGGGGAAAUGUGAUCACCCGUGCCAAGUCUAGGAACUGAAUCCCGAUGGGCAGAUUAUGCUCAGUUCAUAAUUUCAUUAAAGGGUGUGACUAGAUCUCAGUCGACUGAGAUUUAACGAAGUCUCGGUCAAAUGAAAGAACAUAAUUUUUUUCUCCAGGGCCGGGGUCAUUCCCCUUUUCGAAUAAGGAAAAAAAGAACAUAUAAAAUAUAAGAAGAAAAACUUAAAAGAAAAUUUUACACGGAUCUACAAGUCAGAUCGAAUGAA